AUGAAUAACGGUAAUCGUGUUGGUUCAGGAAAUGGAGGAUUUCAUAGAUAUCGCAGAUUUCCACAACCAACCCCUGCCCAUUCUCUUUCCCCUGCUACAGAGAUGAGCAUGGGGCUGUCUGCUCAUCUCAGCCAGGCAAUUGCCGCCAAUACUGACAAUUUUGAAUGCACCAUUCGGGAGCAAGACCGCUUCAUGCCAAUAGCAAACGUGGUUAGAAUCAUGCGCAAGAUCCUUCCUCCCCAUGGCAAGAUAUCCGAUGACUCCAAAGUGACCAUCCAAGAGUGUAUCACUGAGUUCAUAAGCUUUGUAACAGGAGAAGCUAACGAGCGUUGCCAGCUUGAGCAGCGCAAGACCAUCACCGCUGAAGACUUGCUUUGGGCCAUGAACAAGCUUGGUUUUGAUGAUUACAUUGAACCGUUGACUUUGUUCUUGCAUCGUUAUCGUGAGUUUGAUGGUGGUGAGCGUGGAUCCCUUAGAGGGGAGCCUUUGGUUUUGAAGCGUCCAAUGGUUGAUCCAGCUUCAGGCUGCAAUAUCAUGCCCUAUCACCUGCUUCCUAAUUUUCCAAUGGCUCAUCACCAUGGUUACUUUGUGUAUCCACCACCAAUGGGCAACAGUUAUAUGCAGGGGGAUGCAUCAAGUGUUAGCACUUCUCAGUGUGCAGUGGCUGCUGUGGAUAGUGACGUUGAGUCUCCUGCGGAGGAGAGUAAGGAGUGA